ACGAGCAGCCGAGAAGGAAACACACUUCACAUGAGCUUCCUAACUAUCAUUAAUUUUUAACGGUCACGAUAGCUUCCACUCUUAACAAACCUGUGGCAAAAUGGCAGCAAUCACAUAAAGAAUAAAAUCUCAGUAAAACUAAUACGAGAAUCACGUGAUUUUUUAGUUUUCCCAUCCUGACGAUAUUACGUGAACGCACCAUAGCCGAGCUGAGGAAGUAGAGGGGACACAACACAAUGAGAGGAUUCUGACUUCCUAGCAUCUUUGCUGCUUUCAGCAAAUUCAGACUCCGCUUUCAAGCUCCUCAAGCUAAAACAGAGCUGAGCCAUGGCUAAUAUCCAGAUCCGGAAAUAUCGGGAGGACGAUGCCGAGGCCGUGAAGGAGAUCUUCACCCUGGGGAUGAGCGAGCACGUGCCUUCGUCCUUCAUGCACCUUCUGAAACAGCCUCUGACCCAGAUGGUGCUCAUGUGCAUGUUCUGCGCCCUCAUGACCAGCUCCAAAUCCUUCCUGCUGCCCAUCCUGGCCGUCACCCUCGUCCUGGCCGGCUCCCGGCAGUUCGUCGUCUACAUGUUCAACAGAUACAUCGAAACCUCCCUCAAGAAGGACCUCAACAACAUCACCGACACCUACCUGAAGCAGAAGGACUCGUGUUUUUGGGUGGCUGAAAGCGAGGGUCAGGUGGUCGGCACAGUGGCUUGCCUUCCUAACGAAAAUGCGCCCGAGUGCUUGGAGCUGAAACGCAUGUCUGUGCGCCGCAGCCACCGCGGGAUGGGCAUCGCUAAGACUCUGUGUCGGACAGUGACGGAGUUUACUCGUGACAGAGGUUACGCAGCCGUCGUCCUGUACACCUCUGUGGUCCAGACUGACGCUCAGAAGCUGUAUGAGCACAUGGGCUACGAGAAGAUAAGAGAGUUUGUUGUUCCUGAACUCGUGGCUAGAAUCAUGAACUUCACUCUGUUUGAGUACAGAUUGUAUAUACGGAAAGAUGAGUAAUCUGAAACCGUCACACACAACACAACGACUGAUUAACAUUUCAUGAUCAUCCAUCCAGUUUCUAUGAUUUCCCAGUAUGCAUUUAAGCCAACUGAACACUCAGGACAGAUCAGAGACCUGCACCACGAAGCGAGUUCAACUUAGUCUGGCUCUCUUUGGGUGAGCUGGCUUCACUCAGCCUAACAUUGGCCGUCCCGGAUAACUGGUAUCACGAAGCUGGCUAUCAACUGGCUCAGUCAAGUCUGGGUUUUACUAUCCAGCUACGAGCGCUUCAUGUUCACGUGAAAGCAGCUAAUCUCAGUGUGUGGAUCACCUCAUUAUGUUCUAAACCGCAGUGAUGGAAUCAGAGUUAACUUUGCACAAUUAAAAUGCUGUGUUUAGUGUGUUUUAGAUAAUUAAUUAUGUCUCAAUUUUGUUAGAAGCUCAGUUUUAAAACCGGAGUGGAAAUCCCUAUCAGGAUCCUGUAGGAAUGAUGACUCCUUUUUUUUUCCAGUGAUCUGAUUGGUCAGUAGUCUGGGUGUUAAGUUGUGAAGUAAUGUUCAGAGCAGGUUAGCUGUUCGACAUAGGUUACCAUGGUGAUUUAUUUCCGUUAAAAGUGAGCCAGCUGCGUGAUACCGGAAAAGUUAAGCCCAAAGAUAACCGGUUAACAAACUGGUGUCGCUUGGUGGUUCAGGCCUCAGAUGACAGGACCCACAUGAAGCUAUGCAUGUUUUCUUCUUACAGACAGAUCGAUCGUUCAUUAUCAUGGUCUCAACAGACUUUUUGUGUUUUGUUUUUUUAUAGUUGAAUACAUGUAAUAUUAGAGUAGAAAAAUCAUCUAUACUGUUUGUCUUGAUUAAAACAUAUUUAAAUUAAUUUCAUUAUUUAAUUUGAAAAUUAUUUCAUUCAUGUCCACACUACAAUAAAUUGAUAGAUCUGAA